UAAAGGUGAGAAUGGACCUUGAGAAUGUUCCACUGGAGGGUACAGUGGAGACCCUUUUUACAGAUGGAUGCUGUUACAGGUCAAAGGACCCAGGAGGAGGUAACAUAGCAUCCUAUGCAGUGGUAAAACAAGAAGGAAUGGCAGGAACACACGAGGUGGUGGAAGCAAAGAAAUUGGACCCAUCUGAGGCCUCAGCCCAGUUGGCUGAACUCAGAGCACUAAGGAGAGCUCUGGAACUGAGCAAAGGAAAAAGAGUGAACAUUUACACAGACUCUGCAUACGCACAUGGUAUUGCACACAUAGAUGGCCCACAGUGGAUGAGGAAGGGCCAUCUGACCAGUUCAAAUGAACCCAUAAAACACAAACAAUAAGUACAACGAUUGAUCGAAGCAAUUCAUCUACCAACAAGUGUGGCCAUUAUGAAAUGCAAAGGACACAGUAAGGAGAACACAAAAGUGAGGGAAGGAAAUGAUAUGGCGGAUCAAGCAGCCAAAGAAGCAGGAGGAUAUACUGCACAGCAGAUGGUACAGAGGACGGGAGAAAUGCAAGAUGAGCUGACAAUGGACACAGUCAGGCAGCUACAAGAGGCUGCGGACGUGUAUGAACAGACUGUUUGGAAUAGGCAUGGAGCCAGAAGAGAUCACAAAGGAAUCUGGAGAUCACACAUGGGAAAGACAGUAGCACCCAUCAAACUGCUCAGGUCAAUGAUACGAGAAGAACAUAACAAGGCACAUGGGGGUUGGAAGAGCGUGGCUAAAGCUCUGGAAAUUGUGUGGUGGCACCCCCACAUGCAGGACAUGACAAGAGAAGUUUCAGAAAGCUGUGAGAUCUGCAAAGGUUACAACAACAAGAUCUCAUUGGGAGCAGUAAUAGGGAGUUUCCCUAUACCUGAUGCACCUUUCCAGGACAUAUGCAUUGACUUUACUGACAUGGGACAAGACAACCGAGUGGAAGGGAAAAGAUACCUGUUGGUGAUGGUGGAUAGAUUCACCAGAUGGGUUGAGGCCAUACCAACUGCCAAAGAAGAUGCAAAAGCAGUCAUCAAGUGGCUGAGAAGAGACCUUAUCCCAAGGUUUGGAGUCCCUCGAAUGGUCCGAUCCGACAAUGGCUCCCACUUCAAGAAUGAACACCUGAAAGAGGUGGAACAAGCAUUGGGGAUCACCCACAAAUUUGGGUCAGUGUAUCACCCCCAAUCUCAGGGCCUCGUAGAGAGAGCCAACCAGACUUUGAAACGAAAAAUGGCCAAAAUAAUGGCAGGGACCAAGCUAAAAUGGGUAGAUGCGCUACCUCUAGCUUUAAUGUCCAUGAGAAACUCACCAGGGUCAGACACACACCUUACACCACAUGAACUGUUGACAGGGAGAAGAAUGCCAGGUCCACCUGCUGAUAACAUGAGUUUGCCUAGGCUAGACAUUGCUAAAAUCAGAUACACAGACUACAUGCAGGCUCUAACCUCUCUUGUCGGAAGACUGUCCAAACAGGUGGUGGAGGUCCGUACUCCUGCGGUUGAGACCACAGACGAAAACAGGGACAUCCUGGUUGGUGACUGGGUGCGAGUGAAGGUGCACUCCAGGAAGUGGACAGAGCCCAGGUGGAAGGGACCGUUCCAAGUAAAAGAAGUAGCCAGUCACUCCCUGAGGGUAAGCACAGACCAAAAAGACACUUGGUACCACAGGACCCACUGUACAAAAGACUCAGGCCCGGAGAGAACGUUAGAUCAAGUAGUAACAGACCUGUCUGAGUCUCAACCAUGACUCCAAUUGUUCUCAUGUGGAUAGGACUAGUGGGGUUGACAACAAUAUGGGGGAAAGAAAUAGAGACUAUACAGCUGACUGAGGGUGAUUCCAGUGCUAUCAGACUCAAGGGAUACAAGAUAUUCAACCAGGCCAGUCCAAUGGGAAUAUGUAGCUGGAAGCUCAACUCGGUGACAUACAAAAAAGAGUGUACAAUAGACACUUGGUUUAGGAGGCAGCAAGUAUAUCUCUGUAAUGGGCAUGGGUGUGCUUAUUGGGAUUACAUGAUUACAAAUACGGGUCCUUAUUGGGAAUGGAGGAGGGGUUACCCGUACAGCAUAGGGGACCCGACAAAAGUAGACAGGUUUUCCAUUAUCUGGGGAAGGGGUGAGGGGCAGUUUGAUGUUUGUAAAGGUGAUGAAAUCCUACUAACAAUUAAGUCUGUCAAGCUCUCGGAUACAGGAACAUAUACGCUGGGGAUAAGGGUGUCGGGACACGACCUUAUGGGAUCAAUUGCCCUGAAGGUACUGCCGAAACCACCACCAGUUCCAACCGGACAGAGACAGAUCCAGUCGAACGGCUCCACCACUCCAGGUCCAACUCUAAAUCCACCAACUAAAAUAUUGAACCCGGUGCAGGUAAUAAAUGUUAAGGAUAUCACAGACAGUGACCAAUUAGGCACUGAAACUGGUUAUGAGGGGAGGAAAAAUAUGUGGUUAGCCUACAUGAGGUAUACAGCUAAAACACUCAACAGAAAAGACUGUGUUAUCUGUGGGCAUGCUAGACCUGUUCUGGCAACACACCCUUUUGCUCUAGGCAGCGGGGAAGGUUGGAUGUGCAUAUUGGAAAGAUUUUAUCAUGUCAACCCAAACUCUACCCUGUGUAAAGCUCUGAGCCUUAUUUUCCCAGAGGUUCCCAGAGGGCAUAUGGAGGGAAUUACAGCUGUAUCACUGGUACAGGUAGGGGGGUGGACUAUGGUCAAUUGCCUGAGGCAGAUUGUAUCAGUAAAGUCACCAUUAAUGCUACCUGGCCAGUAGAUGGGCUAAACCAAACGAGAGGUGUUGCUGACGUAUGGUGGAUAUGUGGCCCCAACAGGCGGUUGACACCUAUWCUUAAAGGUGAAUGGCAAGGUACAUGUGCCCUGGCUAGUCUUAUAAUACCAUUAACCAUUAUUGAAGUUACAGCUAACCAACUCCUGGGAUCCGCUCAUGACACAGAUGCUCGUGACCAACCCAGUAGGAGACAGAAACGUGAUGCUCCUUGGUCCGAMGGGACAGAUAACA